AUGGCUUUUCUCCCUAAGCGCUUCGUGGUGAGACUGUUUUUUCUUCUGCUGCUCGCUUUGGUUCUGGUGCAUCUCGGUCUUUGGCUUUGCUUCGAUUCGAAUCCUUCUGUACGCACUGUGGGGCCGUGGGAAGUGAAUCUUGUGCAUGCGGGGUGCCAGCGAGAGGGGCCAGAGACGUCUGCGGUUAACGGUGUGAUUCUUAUACUGAUCGGAGAUGCCGGAAAUCGUUUUGCGGGGGACAUGCUACCGCGACUGGAGGCCUACUUUCUGUCGCGCUACCGGUAUCCUGUCCACAUCUUCUAUGAGACUCUGCCAGAGUCUAUGCAGGUGGCAAUUGAGCGUGCCAUACCGUCGGCUACCCGAGUUGAGUUUGAGGACGUGAGCCGAAUGUGGCAGGCGUUGCCGCGGGGUGUCACGGAGGAGAUGCUCGAGGCGUGGAUGAACACGCGGGAGCAGCUUCGGCAGAAGAAGCGUGGCUACCGCAUUAUGUGCCGCUUCUGGGCGGGACUUGUCUGGCAGCUCCCCUCGCUGGACCGGUAUGAGUAUUACUGGAGACUAGACGAUGACUCGUUUCUCACGGCACCGUUGCCGUGCGACGUGUUCCAAGUGAUGCAGGCGCGGCAGUGUGUGUACGGCUAUCGACUCAUACUGAAGGAGGGCCGUGAAGUCACCGUGGAUAUAUGGCCGACAUUUUUGCGGUGGGCGGAGACGAAGCUUUCAGUGGCGGAUAUUUCCGAAAUUUCGGAUAUGUUUGUCACUGGGAAUGAGACACUUGGGAAAAAGAAGUUUCGCUCAUUCAUGUACUACAACAACUUUGAACUGGGCACCAUUGCGCUGAAGCGUCAUCCACUGUAUCGAUCUAUGUUCCGCUUUAUGGACGAAGAGGAGCCACAUGGGAUAAUGCGGUAUCGCUGGGGAGAUGCGCCGGUGCACACACUGGGCGUGGAAGUAGUCUUGCAUCGCGAAGGCUGGAAGAAGUGUCAGUUCAGUCCGAGUCUUGGUGGGUACAUCCACACGAAAGAUCCGCGCCUGCCGCCCCUUCCCACUUCAAGGCCCACGUAA